UAGACAAAGUCUGUGCGGGCCAGGUGAAAAUUGACGCGGUCCUGCCGCGGUCGUGACGCGCUUGUUACGCGGCAUAUAUGACGCGGCACGCUCAUGUUCAAACCACAUCUUAUGUCGCUCGAAUUGAAUUCCGACAAGUUCCAAGCACUUUGACUCAUAUCGUCGUUAAUGAUCAGCAUGCGAGUGUCCGUCUGCGUACAGGCCCUAGACUGCGGUAUUCACUUCCAUAUUUACAGCGCUUGUCUACUAGUGUCACACAGUGCCAUCUUAGUACCACACAGUGAGAUUAAGUGUUGUCUCGCUAAGUGUCAAGCCUCGACCUCACAUUGUCAAGUCUCGCUACUACCCCGACCAUGUCAUCUCCAGCCUCAUUCAGGCUGGGUCAAGCACUGCUCAUACCAUGACAGGUUUUCCCAAUCAUCUUCACUCAUGUCAACCUUCACUCUCACCUGUGCCGCGUCAACGCCCAUUGCAUGCCGCGCCAGUGCCGCGUCAACGCCCAUUGCAUGCCGCGCCAGUGCCGCGUCAACGCCCAUUUCAUGCCGCGCCACAUCCGCGUCAACGCACAUUUCAUGCCGCGCCACAUCCGCGUCACGCCUGCCGCGUCAGCGCCGCAGCCCCGGUCGAACGAAAUUAUAGUAAGCAGCCACUGAGUGCGCUUGUUGCUCAAUGUGGGAUUCUAGCGUGCUAUUCGUGCUCGAUGAGACAUCAUGAUUAGGCUAUGCCAAUCUUAUUAUCAAGCUAAGUAGACGCUCCUUACUAACAUC